AUGAUGCAGACUUCCUUCGUUCUUUCUGCCAUCGCCACCGCCCUCUUGGCCACCACCGCCGUUCGUGCGGAGACCCACACUAUCCGCUUCGAGAACAAGUGUGGAAAGGGCACGCCCCAGCUCAUUCAGGGCGGCACUGUCCUUUCCACCGGCCAGGACUACGUCCACAAUGGUCCAUUCUCCGCCGGCAUCGCCUAUUUGCAGACGGGCGAAUGUCUCUUCAACGGCGAGCACUGCUCCACCCUGGAGAUGACUCUCGUGAACCCGACCGCCCCCGGCGCGGGUUCUUCCACGGACAUCAGUCUCAUCGCUCCACAUGCGUUCAACGUUGAGACUUCGUUCUCGUACUUCGGCGGUUGCGACGGCCAGGGUACUACCUGCUCCAGCCCGACGUGUUCCACCGCUUUCUUCAAGCCGGACGACAACCAGGUCCAGGUCCAGUGCGAGUCUAACGACGUCAACCUGCUCAUCACAUUCUGCGGUGACGCCACGAAGUCGGGUGCCCUCGCCAACUCCAGCAGUGGCUCUGCUACCCCGAUUUCUUCCAUUGUCGCGACCACUGCGAAGGCGUCCACCUCCACCGCCGCGGCCACGAGCGUGAAGGUCACCUCUAGCACCGCUCCCACCUCGACCGUCGCCGUGAGCUCCACCCUCACGGCUUCCUCCUCGGCAUCUACCGCCUCUGCCUCCGGCCGCUGCGCUGCGGGCUCUUCUCGCCGUCGCCGCCGUGACGUCGAGGCCCCCGCUGCGAUCGCUGCCCGCGCGUCGCCCAUCAUGCGCCGCCACCACGCGCGCAACGCCGAGGCAGUCCGUGGUGUCACUAUCUAG